CUUUUUGUAACACAGAGACGGCUAAGUGGGUUUGUUUGGGUGUUAAAGAGUCUACAUAGCGGACGCCGAGAAAUCGGAUCGGAUUCCGUACGGAAACGCAGCGCUGUUCUUCCUUUCUCUUUAUAUCCUUUGGAAAAGAACAAGUUGGAAAUUAAAAGAUGUGAGGGACUGUCCAGGCGCAGCAUGUUUAAGCGGUGAUCUAAGCCCAGAGCUCUGGUCAUGGAGGCCCGCUUUGGGAAUGUGGUGUUCAGCUCACGCUUCGAUUCCGGGAACCUGGGCCGGGUGGAGAAGGUGGAGGCGCCCGAACAUGAUGCUGAGAGAAGCUCAUUCUCACACAUCGACUACGAGUUCAAUGUCUGGACGAAACCUGACUGCGCAGAAACCGAGUUUGAGAAUGGGAAUCGAUCAUGGUUCUACUUCAGCGUACGUGGUGUACUGCCGGGUAAACUGCUGAAGAUUAACGUGAUGAAUAUGAAUAAGCAGAGCAAGCUGUACUCUCAGGGCAUGGCUCCAUUUGUGCGCACGUUUCCUGUGAAAAUGCGCUGGGAGAGAGUUCGGGAGAGACCCACGUUCGAGAUGUCAGAGAAUCAGUUCACUUUGUCGUUUGUGCAUCGUGUGCUGGAAGGGAGAGGAGUCAUCACAUACUUCGCUUUCUGCUAUCCGUUCUCAUACACCGAGUGCCAGGACAUGCUUCUGCAGCUAGACCAGAGACUCCUUAGCCAUUCUCACACACUGGGGCCUUGCAGCCCAGCAGACAGUCUGUAUUAUCACCGUGAGUUGCUGUGUUACUCUCUGGAUGGGCACAGAGUAGACCUGCUGACUGUGACUUCCUGCCAUGGCAUGCUGGAGGACAGAGAGCCCAGACUGGAGAAACUCUUUCCUGACCACAGCACACCACGACCACACCGCUUUGCUGGCAAACGGGUGUUUUUCGUCAGCAGCAGGGUGCACCCUGGUGAGACACCUUCCAGCUUUGUGUUUAACGGCUUCCUGAACUUCAUUCUAAAUCAGGAGGACCCGCGGGCACAGAUGCUGUGCCGCAUGUUUGUCUUCAAGCUUAUCCCCAUGCUCAACCCCGAUGGGGUUGUCAGAGGUCACUACAGGACGGACUCACGUGGUGUGAAUCUUAACAGACAGUAUAUGAACCCAAGUGCUGAGCUUCACCCCUCCAUCUAUGGAGCCAAAUCCCUUCUCCUCUACCAUCACCGGCUUAACCGCCUUAAACCCAGCUCUCCCUCAGCACUUAAGCUCUCGAACCAGACCAACACCACCGCCACCCCUCUCCUCACCACACCCCUCGAACUUGAACACUACCUCAACUGCCGCAAUGAGGUUGAGCGACUGGAGGGCCCAACCCUCGACCUCUCACAGAUACCCAUGCAGAUGGAGGAGAGCUGGGAGAGUAAAGGCAGAGUGAGAGGCAAGUUUGGACUAGGUGAUGAGAAUGAAUCAACACCAAGCCGGAGUGAUGCAUGCGUCUCUAACCUCACCCCAACGGAGCAGAUCCCCCCCCAGGAAAGCGGAGUAGCCUAUUACAUAGACCUACAUGGCCACGCCUCCAAAAGAGGAUGCUUUAUGUAUGGGAACAACCUACCUGAAGAGAAUCAGCAAGUGGAGAACCUGAUGUAUCCAAAGCUGAUCUCGUUGAACUGCGCCCAUUUUGACUUCCUUGGCUGUAAUUUCUCAGAGAAGAACAUGUACGCACGUGACAAGCGUGAUGGUCAGUCUAAAGAGGGCAGUGGCAGAGUGGCCAUACACAAAGCUAUUGGAUUAGUUCACAGUUACACAUUGGAAUGUAACUAUAACACAGGUCGCUCAGUCAACACCAUUCCACCCGCCUGCCAUGACAAUGGCCGAGCCACUCCUCCUCCUCCUCCUGCCUUCCCUCCCAAAUACACACCUGAGGUGUAUGAACAGGUUGGUCGUGCAGUUGCUAUAGCAGCACUGGACAUGGCUGAAUGUAACCCAUGGCCGAGGCUUGUCCUGUCCGAGCACAGCAGUCUGGUGAACCUACGAGCAUCCCUGCUCAAACAUGUGCGCAACAGCAAGGGCUUAGGCGCCAACAGCCGCAAGAACGCAAACAAGGCUCCCAGUCCCCCGAAAUGCGCGGGCAUGAGCAGCUCUGUUUCGGAGAAUUCCCUAAGCCGCAGUCGCAGCCAUAGCACUCGAAAUGGCAGCAUCCCUGGGAACAAGCAGACACCUCCACAGCUGAAGAGUUCCCCUAGCUUUACGUUUGGCUGGAGCAACUCUGGAAAUACCCCCAGCUCACACAGGCCUGCCCACAAAGCCCUGGGGCCAGUCAGAGAGUCGAAAGCUCAGGAGAAGAGGCGUCCACACCACCUUGGUCACCGCCUCUCACUCCACUCUCCCAGCAAUAGCCAAGCUGUCCCAGAACGUCCUCCACUCUCUCCUUCAUCCUCCUCCUCCUCCUCCUCCUCCUCUCCCUCCUCCUCCUCCUUGGGGGCAGGGUCAGCCUCCUGUUCCAUCAGUACAACAGGUCUGUACUCCCACACCGGUCUGCUCAACAAACUAAGCCCUCUGCACCACACCUGCCUAAGAGACACUCAGACAACACAGCCAGCACAGCAAGACUAACAGGCUACUGCGUGUGUUUCUGUUUGUGUGUGUGUGGGUGUGUGUGUGUGUGUCAGAUUGAGAGAGAAAAUGAGUCUCUGAUGUGGUGCUUACCUUUAAAUAGAAGGCACUGGGGAAUUUUAAUGGUUUUAAUUCGACAGAAGGGGCAGUGACUUACAAAGUUAUGAAUGUGCUUGCUGGCAUUUAAAGUCAAAUUUAUUUUUUAUUUUAAAUCAUGCAAAUAAUAAGUCUUGGUUUUGUUGUAGCAUUGCACUUUGAUCAUGUUAACAUGAAACACAUACUCAAUGCCAAUGACUGAAUGUAAUGGGAACACAAAAUGGUGCAUAUUAACUGUAUUUGAAAGUGUGUGUGUGUGUGUGUGUGUGUUACCAUCAUUUCAGAAACAUUUAUUUCCAGAGCAGUGAUGAAUCAUUUCUGCAGUAUGCAUUUUUGCACUUUUCUUCUCUGGUCAUCAAUUUGUGAAUUUGUUUAAUUGUCUUUUUUAUUUUCUUUGCAAUUCAUAUUGCAAUAUAUAGAAAAUGUCAAUACUAUACUACAGAUUCUCCAGUCUAUCUACCUUCCUGGGAAAAAAUAGUGGCUAAUAUUGUCAGAUGGUAUUUAUGAUUUCAGAAUAUUACUAUCGUAGCAUAAUGUCACAUUUAUAGAUAUGAAGUCAUGACAUCAUGAACUAAAAGAUGACAGAGGUUCCGUUCACAGAGGACUGAAGUAAUGGAUAUUUGCUGUGAAAGUGUUUUUGUAACAGUAAUAUUUCUCAAGUGCGAAAUAAUUGCCCGGAUCAGUAACAGUAAUUGUUAUUCAUAGCCGAAAGAAAGUCUCUCCCAUCACUGUGUUCUCAUUCACUGUUCAUGAAUCAGUGGGGAACUAUUCUACUUUUGAAUAGUGUAAAGUUACAAAUGUGUUAACAGAACAGAGACCUGUUGAUUAAGAGUACAACUUCUGGUUCACGUUGGCAAGAAAAGUCAUAGCAAAAUGAUUUCAAAUCUCCAUUGAUGAGAGUGAAGGCCUUUCUGUGCGCACUAUGCCAAAACAUCAGCCAGUCCACUCAAACAGCAGUUGAAAUAAUUUCCUCUAAGAUUUCUUGUGAGGAAAAAAGUCAUCAUCUGGCUGUCGUGUAUAGUAUAGUAACAAAUCCAACCAUAUUAACACUUUCACUAAAAUUUAUAGCCGUCUCACCUUUAUAAUCCGCUUUAUAAUGUACUGUGUGUGUAUAUAUAUAUUUUAUUCUGUACAUGUUUUAGUUCUAAUGUUUAGAAAUGUUUAUUCAGGUUGAUGGUAGAUGGCUCCUUUUUAUAUAGAUGUUUCCGGAAAUCUUUAAUUUACCACUCUGUAUGUAGCUUUGGGGAACGUUCUCAAAAUGUGGUCGUUUAAAUCAGCAAGACAGAUUUCCAAAUUGCAUUCAGCUUGCCUCGGAAACAGGAAUUGGGUCAUUUUCAACCUCCAGGCAUUUAACUACACAGAGGGGGGGGGGAAACUUUAUUUGUCUUGAGAUUGUGUUAGUAAUAAUAUAGCCAGCUAACUGUGAUGAGUGAUCUUUGUUUUCCUCAAAACAUUCUACUGAGGUCUACUGUUAAGAACUUUAAAGAACUAUAAAGUCAGUGUUAUAAAUUUAACAAGGGAACAUAACAUAUAGAUGUAAAGCUUAGUAACUAAAUCAAUCCUCGAUCUAAACGCUUGUAUAUACAGUAGAACUCAUUUAAAGCUUUGUUUACUGUUCACGCUGCAAGCAGCCAUGUUGAUUUGACGUUACUUGCCGAACUCACGGGUGAGUAGACCAUCCCGAGUUACUGGAUUGAGCAGGAACCCGGGAUGUAAUGAAUGAAAUGCAGCAGAAGUGUAAUCUACAGGCACUGUAUUCAACUCACUGACCCACACUAGCAGUUUCUGCCUGUUUUGCCUGUGUUUUAUGUAAGUCUGGAUUUGAACCACUGUGAUGGAUCUGACUUGUGCGCGUCUGUGAUCUUUUUCAUCAUUGUAUGAGAAAACAUGUGACUAACAGAUAGAUAGUUUGGAUUAGACUAGCCAGUUCACUGAAUAGAUUGUGUUCAGUUUUGUUUUUGUAAGCUAUGCUUUGCUUUACUAGACCAUGAUGUCAUCAGCUGUGGGAUCACCUCCGUAAAAUUGUCCUGUCUUUCUUUUCUUCUUCCGUCUUUUAUACCUAUAACCCAAACACGGUUCCGUUGUAGGACGUAGCUUUCUUGUACGCUCUGUUUAAAGAAGGGUUAAUAGAUCAGUUAAUGGUUUGGGCUUUUUUACAAGGUUCACUUUAAGCCUUGUAAAGGGGAAGCACUCGGUUACAUGUGAAGAUCUAGUAGGAGCAAACCAAAUUAUUUAGACCACUAAACCCUUAUAUUUUCUAAGAGUGUAAGAGUUGUCCAUAAUCAUGUAGUUGCUGAUGUUUGUGUCUAAAGCAAAUUUCAGUCUCACAUAUUAGCCUUUAAAUCUACAAUACCACUAAAUGUGCUUCACAUUUAAUCUGCAGUGUGGAUGCCAGUGUUCACCAUAUAUACUGUAUGUAUACUCUUUUAAUUACGUAAUUUAUUAUACUGUACCUUAUAAUACGCACACUAUUUUGGGCUGUUGGAAGUGAUGGUGGUCCAAAUUUUUCAUUCUUGAAUAAACGUGACUGCUGGUUGAAUGGAAUUAAAGAAUUCUGACCUGUUUUUCCUGCUCUUUUAUUCCUUUAAAGGGGCAGUUUGUCAUUUUUCUUGCUUGUGAAAUGAAAUGCAGCUGCAGUGUAUAUAUGAUUAUAUAUGAUUAGACAUGCUAAUUUUACACACUGCACCUUUAAAGUGUUCUGCUCUGACUGAUGUCCUGAAGUUACAGCUCUUGCUUUAACCUUUCUAAUCUUUCAUGUUUCUUUUCACUUUACUCUUCACACUACAGUAGUAAUCUUGCAUUGUGUUAUAUGAGUUCAAGAAAAUUACGUCUUUAAACUUAUUCAUGACAUAAAUGUAAAAAAUAAAACAAAAAAUCACAUUGUUUUGUUAAAUUUGCAGCAUUACCAACCCUGACAACUUUUUGGGGCAACGUUUCCAACACCUGAGUUCCUGACAAUAACCUGAGGAACUGUCCACUUUUAAAGCAAUGUUGUAUUGCUUUCUUUCCUCCACAUGAAUCAACUACAUGAGUGGACACUUGCAGUACAGGUAGAUGACGGUAUAAGAAGGUGCAUGAGGAAGCUCUUGUGCUUGACAACAAAAAUAAUACCGCUAAAACAACUUCCCGGUAAACUACAUUGAAUCUUAUAAGAUUUGCAAAAUAAGUGGAUUGGUAUCAAGCCUAACUAGAGUUAGUGUACAAUCCAACCUGAGCAUAGCAAAUUGAGCUUAUUCAGUUCUUCAUGUUUAAUCUUAGACUUGCAUGUCCUUUUUUUUGUACGCUGUCAUACAAAGGAAAUGGCACAAACAAGUGAGACCAUCCUCACUGUUUACCUGGUAGCAAAGUAUUCACACAGCAUUAGUUAGCCCUAUGUUUCUGUUCAAGCUGAGAGUUUCUCCCACUUUGUCAUUGCUAAUCACACGACAGCUAAUUACACACAUUUUCUAUAAUACUAGAUCAUCGCUUAAUCUGUUUUAGUGUUGUUGGAUGGAUAACAAAACCUCAUAAGUAAAAACAGAGGACUUGGUGUCCAUUUUAAAGACCCUUACAAUCUCUUCAGCUCAGAAAAGCCACGCUAAUUUUCAUUUUUGAUUAUCCCUUGUUCUGCCGUGUUGCUAUGCUAAGUUUCCUGCUGCAUUUUUAUAUUAUGUAACAUUCAUUCCUAAUAUAAAGUAUCACAUACGCACACAAUAAUGGGACGAAAUCCACUUUGCUCUUAGAAAAGCCUCAGUUCAAAUGGAAUUAUGCUGAACUCAUUGUCAUGCUCAUGAAACCAGUUUGCCAUGACUUGGUGCAUUAUAAUGCUAGAAUUAUCCAUUAGAAUAUAAAAGGAAUGCUAAUGCUUAGCAACAAUACGCACACAGGCUUCACGCGAUUGGUAUUAAGGUGCCCAAUAUGUACCACUUUCCCCACACUGCUACACUGCCACCACAAGAUGGGAGUGUAGACCAUGUGUCCACUAUAUCCUCAGAUUCCUGCUCUUGGCUGAUAGAUGUGGAACCAGAUGUGGUCUCCUGCUGUUACAGUCCAUUCACUUUAGGGUUCAAUGUGUCGUGUGUUUUGAGAUGCUUUUCUGUUCACCAUGCUACUUAUUAUUAUAAGUUUUAAGCUACUUUCCCUAUCCUGUCCGCAUAAAUCAGUCUGGCCAUUCUCCUCUGAUUUCUUUCAUUAACAAGAUGUUUCAGUCUACAGACCUGCUAUGUGCAGCAUGUUUUUCACACCAAUCUGGGUAAUCAGUAUAUAUUACAAAUUCUAGAAAUACUCAAACCAGCCUGUCUGUUACCAAGAAUUAUUACAUGGUUAAAAUCACUGAGAUCACAUUUUGUCCUAAUUCCGAUGUUUGGUGUGACCUGAAGCUCUUGACCUGUAUCUGCAUUUCAUGUGUUUUACUGCUGUCACAUAAUUGACUGAUUGGGUGUAGUGUAAACAGAUCAUUAUUAGUUCAGCCAUAAAGUUAACGCAUUAAAAUGUGUAUAUGAAAAUGUAGAUAUAAAUAAAUGUGUAUGUAAAAAAGUUAGAACCAAGAACCAGUCACUGCAAGAAAGAGUUUCAUGGCUAAACUAUGAAUUUGUCCAUAAAAAAUAAUGAAAUGAUUUUUUGUACAAUUUUCUUGAAUGACUAGUUUCAGUGAUUCAUUUACAAUAAUCCUGGUGUUCAUUAC